AUGGUAAUAUUAACAAUAUGUCAUGCUGGUCAGAGCAAAAAUAUCGAUAUUGUUCGAGGAGAACGCGAUAAAUUCACAAAUGUGUCUGGUUGUAACGUGGCAAAUGCCGUUUGUUCCGAUGAAAGUUGUGCUGACUGCCAGUGUAUGAUGGAUCAGACAUUUGUAUGGACAAGAGGUCAAUACGGGAAGUGUGUCUCAAAUGAGCUGAUGGUCUACGCAACAUGUAAGUAUAAGUAUAGUAUAAUACACUUGAUGACACAAUUUACUGUUUACAUCCACCAGGAUUUGAAAACCCCGGUUUGGCAGAUAGAUGUAGUUAGUUUCGCCACAAUUGUUAAUAAUUAGUUAUGUCAUUUACGUGUGUAAGUAAGUACGACUAACAGCUUUUGCCAAUUUUGGUGCAGGCAGGCGUUAUAUAUAUAACUAUAGAGAAUACUUUAUAUGUGGUUUACAGGUAUAAACUAUUAUAAACUGGCCGUUGAGAAAGAUCGUGACUCAAUUUUUACGACCAUUAUAUUGAUACGACCAUAUGGAAACCAUCGUUAUUAUUUUGGUGUGUUUUUAUCUAUAAAUUUUCUCAUUUCUUGAAUCGGCUGAGAUCGACAAGUGAUUCCCUAUAUUUAAUCGUGAACAUAUUCACAACAAAGACGCGUCUCGGUGCUUAUUGGAAAUACCAAGCACAAUUGCUUGAAAAUCGAAACUAAAACAGCCACGAAAUUGCCGUAGUCUUAAGUUCAAAAGUUAGCAUAUUUUAUUGCUCUCUAUUUCAACGCUUUCUUUCAUGCAAACGUCUGAUAGAGCUCGCCAACUGGACGGCUCUGUAGCUCAGUUGGUUAGAGCCGCUGCCCCGGAAUCGCACGACCGCAGGUUCGAUUCCCGCCAGAGGGCCUUUUCGCAACUGCUCCUGGUUUAGUAUAAAAAUUGUAUAUAACCUUCUACUCAAAAUUUCAAUCUACAAAAACCCUUCAACUACCAAAGAUGAUAUCAACCGUCUAAGGUUUCAAAAUCCGCAGCGUCGCGGCACUUAAACGAGCAAAUGCGCUACUACAUAGUGCAAUCUAUUGUUCAAUAGCGCAGAAAAUUAAGCCAGUUAAACAUCAGGCAAUAGCCUGCGCAGCAGUGGCUUUAUUUUUUGAAAACAUUGCCUUGUAGUGUCAACCUUUUGAUGUAAAAUAACUACAGUAUUUGCUCCAUCUAUGCGAUACCGAGCACUCUUUAGCAUUUCGUGAUCGACCACUUGUUUAUAUGUACAAUAAAUGACGUAAUGUUGGCACAAAUCAAAACUUAUACUAUCGCCAUGCAAAAGUACAAAUAACUUAUAACUUUUUCAUAUCUUUUACAGCUUAUAAAGGCUCGUUCCUCAUUCAGAACAACCUUGAUAAGUCCUGUAUUUAUCAAAAAUUCCUUGAUUACAGUGCAUUUGUCAUCGGCAGCCCUACAUGUAAUGCCAAAAACUGGGAUUCCCGUUGGAUGUGGACCAACUUUGGACAACUCUUAAACUGGAAGACCUUGGAAUGUAUGACAGAUGAUUUCAUUAGUGAUAAAUAUCAAUAUUUCCCAGUGAUGAGGAAAUGCAACAGAAACAACCAAAGACAAUUAUGGGAAUGUGUUGGUGACAAGAAAUACAACAUCAUGCAGUUACUAUCGCGCAGAUACAUGUACUAUGGAGAAGUGGUUCAUUUUGUUACAACGAAAAAAAUACAGUCUUAUGAAACUAAAUGGAGGCGCUUUGAUUCAAAGAAAGAUGUCUGUUCUCAAGGUAGUUAGUUAAAUGCAUAAAACCAUGCAAUUCUUGAAAAUAACACAAAUUUGCCAGAUCCUGAGAACUCUUUCGAAAUUUUGUCAGUGCAAACAGUAUAAAGUCAGGGAAAAUCUUAAAAUCCCAAACGGUGUUUGAACGUCCCAUAACUCUUAUUUACUGUAGUUGACUUCAGGGAAUGGACAAAAAUAUGUAGUAGUAGAACUGCGCGAAUUCCGGAUAUUAUAAAGCAGUUUUUGUGCGAAGAAUUCAACAAUUUGGGUGGAUUUUUUGUGUUGACAAAGAACCAUGCGUGUCAUUUUAAGGGGAGGGGGUCUUUUAAUCCACCCACCCUCUGUAGAUGGCUAAUAUUAUGAUCAGUCAACGAGAGUUUUAGCUUAGUCGGUCGGAAAAGCAUAACAUUUUGAAAUUAUUUUUCACUUUCUAACACUAAAGAAACGUUUCAUAAAAAAAGUUUCUUAAAAAAACAUUUCUUAAAAAUGUAAGUUUUUACUUAGUAAUAUACACACUGCAUGGUUAACCGCUCCCGUGAAAUUGUCUUAUAAACGCUGGAAAAUGUUUGGCUUAACCGAGCCAGAAGGGUUGAUAACCUCUCACCUGCACCUUAAUUCGUUUGAUUCAGGCUUUACUCUUGUUCCAUUGAUACACUUGCUCUCUUUUCAGCUGUAGGGUGUGAGAUAUUUGCAGAUGGUUCAUCGCUCGUAAUCCUUAAUAAAACAAAAUGUGAAGAACAGUCAGAUUGUUUGGGAGAGAAGAGAAUCAGGUUGAGCGAAACGAAGUGUUUCCUCUUACCAAAUAAAAUUCAAUAUUUACACAAUGAUACAUGGAAGGCGUUGGAAAUAAUGAAUGGAAGUUUUGUAAUGUCCUCAUCAGUUCAUAAAAUGUCUUUAAAGGUAACAUACUAGGACAUUAGAUGAGAGUACCGUUGGUACAUAAAUGUUAAACCAGAAUAACUAUUCUAUGCCAAAGAGAAUUGUUUUGGAUACAUAAAGAGAAGCUUAAAAACUUUUUCUUUCCAACGCUGGUAAUGGUACGCUGAAUACCGUCCAUAGUCAUUUGAAUAUAGCAGACAAGAACAAUUAUCAAUACACCCUUUCCGGAAAGUACGUCGCUAUAUGGCUAUAUAGAGUCUCAUUUUCGUUUAUCUGACAUUAGUUAAAUUAAAGGCCUUGUCUCAAUCACGUAAACAAGACUUCGUAGCCAAGGUGAUGUAUUUUCUGGAAGCGUGUAUAUAUUCUGAUUUGGCAGAAAGAAAUGCAGUAUUAAUUAUUGCAAAAAAGUGCAUUUUUUUCUAAUUAGCAUCAGAAAACAUGCUAUUACCUAACACAUCCUUAGAGUAAUUACGUCACAAAUACUUCCUUGGCCUGCGACACUCUCUCUGACGAAUCAAGACGAAAGGCGGUUGGCUCACGACGAGAACGAGGGUCCAGGGGUACAGAGGGAUUUAUGACGUAACUGCCCAAAGGUCAUAUUUUAUUCCCAGUUGGGAAACAUGAAAAAUUGAGCAAAACUCUUUUUGUUGUUUUAAAGUGGAAUUUGACCAGAACUCCGAAAAGCUGGAAAGGAAUACUUGUACAGGUGCAAUUUCAGUGUGAAAGUAGCACAGGCACAGCGAAAGACACUACUACUGAACAUUGCGUAGUAAUAAAAUACACGGGAACUUUUACAGGUACAUUUGUAGAGAACGGACACGCCUAUACUACAGAUGUCGGUUCUAAAAUUUAACUUGGAACUUCUUGGCGGUAACGUUCUGUUUUAAAAUAAUAGAUAUUAUAAACCGUCAGGGGUCGGUUCUAUAUACGUACGCCGGAUAGUGAAUUUUCAACCGUUCUAAAACUACGAAUAAUGAUCCCACAAUUUAUAAAAGGAAAUUUUUAUUUUUACAUACUAAAGUUUAACAUGGGUCAUUACAAGUUAAUGGCCAAUCUAAGCAAUAGCACUAUCCGAUUGAUAAUGCUUACUAUCCAGUUUUUAUACAACCGGCCCCAGAAUAAUUUCUGGGUUUUUCUUCGAAAUUUCCGAGGUGCUUAGAUUCAUAACCUAAUAUAGUAUGGUAUUCACUGAUAAGACUGAAUUGAAAUGUGCAUAUAUGAACUUAUGAAUUUUUAAGAGAAAAUUGUAUGGAACAUUCUCUCCACGUUUCUUUAAAGAUGAUUCAUGCAUGAAUUAAUACGAACUUGAAAGCUUAUUUGGGUCCCAGCAUCUAUCUAGCCUCCGUUCCCAAUAAUACGAACGACGCCAAUACGAACAAUGAACACAAAAUCUCAUUCCAUCCAAAUUGUCGUUCAAUCUUGAAACCACGCCAUCGUGGUUUCAUCUAUAAUAUUGAAAACCUCUCCAUCUCUAAUACGGACUUUGCUACAUCCAUUCGGUUUCCGCGUUAGAGAAGCUAGCCUAUCCUUAAAUGCCAUUGGAGGCUUGGUUUUCGAUAAUUAUAGUACAAUUAUUUUUGUAAGGUUUCAAUUACAAUGAAGAAGACAGAACAAUCAAUGCAGACAUUCCACGGAUGCCUGAUGGAGAUGGUGAAAAUGGAAAGGAUGACGGGAAUGAUUUAAACAACGACCAGGAAGGCAAUAGUGCUGGCAAAGAUAAUACCAAAAUUAUAAUUAUUAUCAUCUGUGCCUUGGUUCUCUUUUGUAUUGCCGGAAUGGUUGGAAUCAUCGUCUAUAAACGCAGAAAGAGGUAAAAAAAUAGAAUGUCAUGCAGACGUAACCGACAUAUAUCUUAAUGCAUGACUUUGUCAAGUCAAAUAGAAAAAAAAAAAUGCUGUGCCAACUAUUCCGCACUUGGUAAGUGACCGUGAGAAAGAAUAUCAGCAUGGGUCAGCCAAAACACCAAUUUGAACACAUUUUUAAACAGGCGAGAAUUGGAUUUAGCAAACCAAGUGUGCCAAUUACGAAGCAUACGAUUGCAUGUUUAGGAUGACACUGAGGUUAUUGCCACCUAGUUAGGCGGUCACAUUACCUCUCCAGUAUAUCGGAAACAUUAAACCACUCAUGAUAAAAACAAUCGAAACAUCGGUUGAAAACAAUCGAAACAUCCUUUCGAGGAUUGCACAUAUUUACUUAAACCAGAGUCGCGAGCAAUUUCAACGAGAACUCAUAUAAACCCAAAACAAUCAGUUUGUCAAUUCACUUAUAAAUCUUUAAAGAUGCUGUUUUCUUUUCAUAGAUCUGUACGUUCAAAAAACCGUAACACAGAAAAUCCAGGUAAUCAUAUAUGAUGUUGGAAGGUUGCAAUAAAUGAAAUUUUUGUCAAUAUUGAAUCACCCCACAGUGCAUCUGAUGAUAUUUGCGACAAUUUUUAACACUACUAUUGUGCUAUUGAUCUUGAAUUAUACUUUAUAAUUAUUAUAUGAAACAAACUUAAGAUUGGUCGUAGAAAUAUUACAGAUCUGUUAUCCACAAAAGUACAGGUUUACAAAAGCAUUUAAACUCACUUUCCUGCUUCUUUUCCUUGCUCGCCAACUCCAAAAUGUUUCUGAAACAUAUUUUGUUCCCUUCGCCAAGUGUGAUUUUGUUGCACAUAUUAAUGACUUUGCUGGCUUGUCCAGAUUCAGAAAACAUCUCUAUAGGGAAAAAUGUCAAUAACAUUCCUACAUUUCUUUUUCUUUGUCAAGUACCAGAUGAAAAUUCUUCACCCGUGGUCGAAGAGAUGGCAGAAUCUGCUAAUCCCCAAAACAACAAUUCCCAACCUACGCCGAAUCAAAUACAACUUUACACAAUACCAAACCCAGGGCACGAAUACGAGUAUGUCGACGCUAACGAUCGCACAUUUGCCUUACGACCUCAGAGUCCUAAGUACGAAAUACCACAGAGCCCCACAUAUGAAUAUCCCGAGAAACCCCAAAGCCAUCAAUACGAGUAUCCUUCACUUCAACGAGAAGCCGAUACAACGGAAAAAUAUACAGAUACUGGCGUAAUGGACAGCGGGUAUUCUCCACUUGUAAGGUCACCAGUAAAUAACAAUGAAAGUGACGAUAGGGGUUACACACAUCUGAACAAUGUCCAAAGAGGAAAAGAAGAAGCAGGUGCAACAGAGAUGACGGAUAAACCAGAUGGAUUACUUAAUGCAAUGGACGGCGAGUAUACUCCACUAGUAAGGCCGUCAUUAAAAAAUAAAUGUGAAGAUAGCAGUUAUGCUCAUCUGAUCAAUGGUAAAAAAACAAGUGACGAAGGAGGAAGAGAGAGGGGAAGAAUGAAAUAA